UCCUUCGGUAAAAGACUCAAUUGUGUGCUCGUUAUGCUUCCUUUAACCUUUUCUCUUUCUCGGCAAAUCGUUCUAGGAAGGAGGAAGAUCUUAAGAUACUGCCACAAACCUGCUGCCUUUAUGUCUACUUUACUGAUCAAUCAGCCUCAAUAUUCCUGGUUGAAAGAUCUGGGACUCAAAGAAGAAAAUGAAGGCGUGUAUAAUGGGACUUGGGGUGGAAGAGGAGAGGUUGUUACAAGCUACUGCCCAGCUAACAAUGAGCCUAUAGCAAGGGUCCGCCAGGCUAACCUGGCAGACUAUGAAGAAACAUUAAAGAAAGCCAAAGAAGCUUGGAAAAUAUGGGCAGAUAUUCCAGCCCCUAAACGAGGAGAAAUAGUAAGACAAAUUGGUGAAGCCUUGCGACAGAAGAUCCAGAUUUUAGGAAACUUGGUAUCUUUAGAGAUGGGAAAAAUCUUAGUGGAAGGUGUUGGAGAAGUUCAGGAGUAUGUGGAUAUCUGUGAUUAUGCUGUUGGCUUAUCGCGAAUGAUUGGAGGACCCAUUUUGCCUUCAGAAAGACCUGGUCAUGCCCUUAUUGAACAGUGGAAUCCUUUGGGCUUAGUUGGAAUCAUCACUGCAUUCAAUUUCCCAGUGGCUGUGUAUGGUUGGAAUAAUGCUAUUGCUCUGAUCUGUGGGAAUGUCUGCCUUUGGAAAGGAGCACCAACAACUUCACUCAUUAGUGUAGCUGUCACAAAGAUAGUGGCCAAAGUUUUGGAAGAGAACAACUUACCUGGGGCAAUCUGUUCCAUGACAUGUGGUGGUGCUGAUAUUGGCACAGCAAUGGCCAAAGAUGAGCGGGUAGAUCUGCUAUCCUUCACAGGAAGCACCCAAGUGGGAAAACAGGUGGCACUCAUAGUACAGGAGAGGUUUGGGAGAAGUUUGUUAGAGCUUGGAGGAAACAAUGCUAUUAUUGCUUUUGAAGAUGCAGACCUCAAUUUAGUUAUUCCUUCGGCUCUUUUUGCGGCUGUGGGAACAGCAGGCCAAAGAUGUACAACUGCCAGACGACUGUUUUUACAUGAAAGCAUCCAUGAUGAAGUGGUAGACAAACUUAAGAAGGCAUAUGCACAAAUUCGUAUUGGAAAUCCAUGGGAUUCUAAUGUCCUCUAUGGGCCUCUUCACACCAAACAGGCAGUAAAUAUGUUCCUUGCUGCAGUGGAAGAUGCCAAAAAGCAAGGUGGCACAGUGAUCUAUGGUGGGAAGACUAUAGAUCGUCCUGGAAAUUAUGUAGAGCCAACGAUUGUGACUGGUCUUGAUCAUAAUGCAUCCGUUGUGCACAGAGAAACAUUUGCUCCUAUCCUUUAUGUCUUAAAAUUCAAGAAUGAAGACGAAGUCUAUACAUGGAAUAAUGAAGUAAAACAGGGUCUUUCAAGUAGUAUCUUCACAAAGGACUUGGGCAGAAUCUUUCGAUGGCUUGGGCCUAAAGGAUCAGAUUGUGGCAUCGUAAACGUCAAUAUUCCAACAAGUGGUGCUGAGAUUGGAGGUGCCUUUGGAGGUGAGAAGCAUACUGGUGGUGGCAGAGAAUCAGGAAGUGAUUCAUGGAAGCAAUAUAUGAGACGAUCUACUUGCACCAUCAACUACAGUAAAGACCUUCCUUUGGCACAAGGAAUCAAGUUUCAGUAACAGUGUUUUGGAUUUAUAUGACCUCCACACUUGCUUCUUUAAGAUGAUUAAAAAAUCAUGGGCUUCUUUUUGUCAAUUGAAAGUAGAAAAUAAAGUUUCAAAAAAAAAAAAAAAAGCAUGAAAGCUUUAGUGAAAGAUGGAUUGGAAUUGUCCAUCAUUCCCAUUUUCUUUUUAAAAGGUAGAUCUUGGAUUUGAAAUCAGCACAUUCAUUUGCUUAAGAACAAUGAAAAGACUACUGACUACUAUUCUGAAAAGAAAAUAAGUAUUAAUAAACUUGAAAAAUAUUUACAGGA